UGUGGUUCAGAGAAUGUCAGUAUUCCGGAAAUACCAAAUGAGUGCACGGCUAUAAUUUUUGAUGGAUUUAAUAUAGAUUCAAAUAACCAAGUCAAUGGACCUAGCGGAGAAGAUAAUUUAUUAGAAGACUGGGCUCAAGUACUUGCUACUGAAAUAAGUAAUAAUGCAACAAACUCAACGAAUGAAAUGAAAGGCUUAAAACCUUUUUUGGACAAGCAUCCGGGGAUAAAAGGUCUACUUAUUAAUAAUUUAGAACUUGAUGCAAACUCCGUAGAUUUUCCCAAAUACUCGGAAAAUUUCAAAGUUUAUCUUGAUACAAUGAGAUCGAAUUUUCUAAUAUGUCUAUUGGCCUUUUAUUAGUAGGAAAAUUUAUAGUAGAUCAGUAUACCAAACCAAAAUUAACUUGGUUGAAUUUUACAAUAAUAGAUCCGUCAGUAGAUUUCUACAUGAUUUCUGUAGUGACCUUUAAUGAAUGCACUGAUCAAUUCAGACUUCUUGGAACAGCACCAAUAGGAGUACUUACUUCAAAAAAUAAUACAGGUUCAACGAAUUCAUCAAGCAAUGGUUCAACGAAUUUAACGAUGCCAGUUACAAACUACACAUUGAGUAAUUUAAGAGAUAUUUUAGUGGACCUAUCUGUUCCAAAAAAUAAAACAUAUUAUAGAUAUAGAUUGGGCCCAUUGAGCAACGAUGACACACUUGAUGGAAUGUGUGCAUCGACUGUUAACAAGAUAUGUUUAAAUUCAACUGAUUCAAGUUCUUGGUGUUACGAAACUUUAGACUCGUUUAAUGCAAAAGGUAAAUUUGCCAAUGACAAUGGAGCAGGAUUUGUAGUUAAUAUUAUAAAAUUAGAUGAUCCUAAAAAUGAUUGUAAGUGUGGACCAUACCCUUCGUUUAACGCUAUUCUAGAUGGUUUUAAUGGUAAGAAUACUAAUAUCACAAAAGAAUGUGCUUUAUCAAACAGAUCUUAGAAGAUAUAGCUAAACAAUUUUUGGACGAUAUGCAUCACCUCAUAUUUAAUCAUUUUGUAUUGUUUUACUAAAAUAAUUUUUUAUUUUCAUUUAUGGUCUUGGUUUAUGCUAUGAUAAUAUUAUUUAAGA